AUGUCCUACGACAGGAUCGCCGCCGUCGGUAGGGAUUCAGGAUACCCCACGGAUACCGUUGUGAUAUUGACCCUGCCGGCGUUCGAAAAUGACGGGCCUUUCGUUGACCGCCACAGAUCCCGUCUGCUCGAAGAACGGACGGUACAGCACUCCGGCACCAGCCAUGUCACAUCGCGUUCCUUUAUCCCGUCCUUCUCAAACCCACCACGCCAAUCACGCUCGUACUUCACCAUCGGCCGUGGCCCCCACAGCGACAUUUCCUACAGCUCGAUAUCAAUCAGUACCGAGCAUAUAGGCAAGCCGGCCCCGACGAAACAGCGGUACAUGUAUUGGUUCAAAGAUCUGCUAGGACAGGGUGCAUUUGGAGCGGUUCAUCUCGUCCGUCGCCUCCAAGACUGGAAGAGGUUUGCCGCCAAGGAAGUCUCCCCCCGUACCCAGCAACGGGAAUACCUAAAAGAGGAGAUAGAAAAAUUGCAGUCCUUCAAGCACAACCGUGUUGUCUCAUAUGAGGAUUGGUACGAAGAUAAACCAGGCCAUUGGAUUCUUGUCAUGGAGUUUUGUAAGUUUGGCACUCUUUUCGACCUGAUGGAGUAUCGCCGAGACACGUUCCAACUGCAGGAAAUUGCCGAGAUUCAGAAGCAAAUCGCCGAAGGCUUGGUGUACCUCCACGACCAAGGGUGCACGCAUCGCGAUAUUAAGCCGCAAAACAUUCUUGUUCGACAGCUAGAACCAUUGUCUCUCGUGCUCGCCGACUUCGGGAUAUCUAAACAGACGACCGAUGAGGACUCGGCCAUGUACACUAUUUUGGGCACUGCUGAUUCCAUGGCGCCUGAGAUUAUGGCAUUCAAGCCCUAUAACAGUCGAAUCGACAUCUGGGCUCUUGGUGUCAUCGGGCUCGAGCUGCUACUUUAUGGUGUCCAAAACAGACGUAGGAAAAGUCGGUCAUCUCCCCAAAACUUUUAUUUCCAAACCGCCGGAACCUUGUUCGAACGGGAUCGAAGCAACCUACUUGCAGGGAACGUUGCGAGGAUGCUAGCGGAGUACCCAGAGGAUCGCCCGGAUGCACGCGAAUGUGUCGAGGAUGCAGUCACCGCGCUCAACCCGCUAGGCCCCAAACAACGUUUGGCUGCCCCUCCUUACGACCGUAUUCCGCGCCUGUGGAACUCGGCGAACGACUCCCAAGCUACCCUUCGGUCAUUGCUUCAACCCACCACCAUCCAGAAUUGCACACCGUCCGAGAUCCGGGAUAUGGAAAAGCAGCUAGAGACCAGUACGUGGCGGGUUCGCUGUGCAGCAGGUGUCGCGGCUCAGGGGGUUUCGAUGCAGCCACUAUCUCAAGCGACUACGGCCCAGCAACAAACCUCACGCAAACGAGGGUCCAGUGUUCUGUCACGAUCCAACUCGAUCGAGGCGCGGCCGGCCAAGACCCAGCGCACCGAGCCUACGAUGGCUGUAGAGCAGGAAGGCUCUCCUUCUACGCUCUUACCGCCGUCGGACCCAUCGGGAAUGCAACAGCCGGACUCUCCUAGGGAUAUUACACCGACAAAUACACGCUGGUUCCACUCACUAUUCUCGGUCUCGAACACAUUCCCCAGCGUGCAACAGUCCCAGCAACAACAACAACAACAACCACAAUUAACAUUUCCAGCAGUCCACCCCCAAGAGUCACUAACCAUCAUCCCUAUACGCCCUAAGCCUAAGCGCACACCAAGCCCAGUAACAGCCCGGGAACGCCCCUAUCGCUGCCAGAAUCGAACCAUUCCCUCUACGACACCCAAAGUAGCUUUGUCGCUGCCGUAG